CUUCUGCGCAGGCCCACCGUGCUGUAAACGCGGGGUGGGAAGUUUCGUUGUGGCUUAAUUUUCUCGUUUUCCAGCAAAACAUGGACUUUUUCAUCACGAUUUGGAGACUUUACAGCGUGUAAAGCGGCACGGCGCCCUCCGUGGCCCCUCGUACAUCUGUGCAGUAAAGGAGUUGAGACUGAAUCAAGAGCACCUCUGCUGGUUGCAGCCAUGAAGAUUGCAGUGGAGGGCUGUUGCCACGGCGAGCUGGACAAGAUCUAUGAGACCAUUACCUACCUGGAGAAGAAGGAAGCCGUCAAAGUGAACCUGCUGCUUUGCUGUGGCGACUUUCAGGCUGUGCGGAAUGAAGGCGACCUCAAGUGUAUGGCAGUGCCUGCCAAGUACAGAACCAUGCAGACGUUUUACAAGUACUAUUCUGGAGAGAAAAAGGCUCCGGUUCUUACCAUCUUCAUCGGUGGUAACCACGAGGCCUCCAAUCACCUGCAGGAGCUUUCUUAUGGAGGUUGGGUAGCUCCCAAUAUAUAUUAUCUGGGUUAUGCUGGGGUUGUUCGCUACAAAGGGAUCCGAAUCGGUGGCCUAUCGGGGAUCUUCAAGUCACAUGACUACAGAAAAGGUCACCACGAAUUCCCUCCGUACAGCCCCGAAACCUUGAGAAGCGUCUAUCAUGUUCGAAAUAUUGAGGUCUUUAAACUAAAGCAGAUCCGCAUGCCCGUCGACAUUUUCCUGAGCCACGACUGGCCUCGCGGAAUCUAUCAUCAUGGGCCCACGGAGGAUCUGCUGCGUAAGAAGAAGUUUCUGCGGCACGAGGUGGAAUCCAACGCUCUUGGGAGUCCAGCUGCAGCUGAGCUCCUAGAACACCUCCAACCCAGCUACUGGUUCUCGGCGCAUCUUCAUGUCAAGUUUGCUGCCCUGAAGCAGCAUCCUCCUAAACCCAAAGCUGCGCCCCGGGCCACCAAAUUCCUAUCGCUAGAUAAAUGCCUGCCCUAUCGGGAAUUCUUGCAGAUCGUGGAUGUACCGGAAAGGGCCGGUUCAUCUGACAAUUUGGAAUAUGACCCCGAGUGGCUCGCCAUCCUAAAGACCACCAAUGACCUGCAGAGGACCACCCCUCAUCCCUGGAACCCUCCAGAGAAUAAUGGCCUGCAUCAACGGUGGGACUUUACAGUCUCUGAAGAAGCACUCAUGAAGGUAGUGGAGCAGCUCAGUGGUGAACUCGCCAUCCCGGAAAACUUCAGUCGUACUGUGCCCCCCUACAACCCAAGUAGCCCCCAGUACCACGCCGCCCCCAGCUACCACGCCAACCCCCAGACCACUGAGCUGUGCGCCACACUGGGCCUCACAGACCUCUACACCCAAGUGGGCCAGGCCAGCAACAUGAGUGGGGUACAGGAUGGCCCCGGCGAGGAGGAAGACACUCAAAGCGGCGACGAGCCUAGCCAGUACACGACUGAUAUUUCAGCCACAUCAAACUCCUUCAAUCCUGAUGAAAUCACCAUAGAGGAUGAGUGGGAGGAAGAGGACAUUGAAGAAGAGCCCAAAAGCAGUGCUGAUCCAAAACUGCCCCGUGGCGAUAUUCACACACCCUGCCACUUGGUCCUGCCCCCACCCAAAUUGGAAGCGUCACCCAUUGCCAUGUCCCCUCUCCUGGAUUUGCCUCCCCCAUGCCAGUCCACACCUGCUGUCCCUAAUCUUUCCCCAAGCGACUUGGAGGAGCGUUUCCUCAAACGGACUAGCGACGAAGCUGGUGAUACAGGAAGCCGGACCACGACACCGCGGAUCAAACGCCGGAACCAAAUAAUCUACGCCACAGUAGAUGAUGAUUGUGAUGAAUAGCCAACAAAAAGUUUUUGUUUUUUUUUUUAAAAAUUGUAUAGCUUUCCUGUCUUUUUAAUUGAGAAAAUACGAGGAAAACAUUUUUUUUAAAGAGAUUUUAAUUGGUCAUUUUUAGAAAGUGAUUUUCUUUAUUUUUGUAAAUGUGAUUUCAAGAGAGCAGGAAUGAUCAUUGGUUGUAAGAUUAAAAUAUAAUUUAAAAAAGAACUUGUACUCUCAUCACGAUGAGCGAAUAUCUUUUUCUCAUGAAUUCCCAACACAUUUACAGAUUCAUACCUUUUUAAUUAUUUCAAUGUUUGCCAGUCAUUUUCAAGACAAAGCAGUGCAAACAUUUACAAUUUAAAUUAAAAAGAAACCAACACAUUUUCUUACAGUGCAACAAACACUUUCCUGUAAAGUCAAACUACGUUCAAUCCAGAUUUGGCAUCGAUUUAGAAUUAGAGGAUACCCAAUUCAACGCAUAUAUUUAUCAAUACCUCUAGAGUUGGCAUCGAUUUGGAAUUAGAGGAAACCCAAUUGAACACGAAUAUUUAUCAAUACCUCCAGAGUUGGCAUCGAUUUGGAAUUAGAGGAAACCCAAUUGAACACGAAUAUUUAUCAAUACCUCCAGAGUUGUGUACAUUUUUUUUUUUAAUUCUUUUCCCCCAUUUUCAACUGCCGGAGACACACACACACUAGCUCCAAAUAAUUUAUCUCGUCACUAAUUUCUCAUUUAUAGUUGUAUCCUCAAAUCACAGAACUUAGUCUUUGUCAGGAAUCAGUACUCCCUGUGCUCUGCUACACAUGUAAUUAGUAGUAAAUAUGUUAAGGUCUGAGAAAACACUGCAAAAGCUUUUUUUUUUUUUUUUUUUUUGCUUUGUCCUGUAGAACACGUAUGGAGUGUAAGAUGUUCAAUAUGAAAACAAUGUAUCGGUUGAGGACCAAAUAGAUGAAGGGUCUCAAGCACAUUUAGCCUCUUUUAUUGUACAUUAUAUUGCUUCCGUCUUUGCUUGUUCACUUGUAGAAGUGAGGAUUAUCAGUGAGGAGUCUAACUGAAAUGAUACAAGGCAGAAUAUUCACAAUUUAUGUCCUCCACGUUGUUGCAUUCCCUCCUGUUCUCCACUGGCUUGAUUCACUGGUAAGGAUGAUAAGAGAAGGGAUGCUUUUUUGGCGGGAGGUCACAUGGCAGGGAAAGCGGUGUGCGUGGUUUAGUUUCCGCCACAGCAAGCUCUGGUGGAGUGGGCGUCAGG